CAGCCAAAGGGGGUGGACUGCCUGUGGACUAUAAAUGGCCCUAAGCUGCAGGGGUGGCAGCUGGAGUGACACGGCCGCCAAAGAGGCUGACAACGCAGUCCUGAGGUUUAUUCCCAAAAGUGUUGUGGCGCUGUCAUGCCGUGGCUGCUCUCGUCCCCGCCGCAUCUCCCGAACCCGUCCCCGUCUCAGCGCCACUGCGAACGCACCGCCUUCGCCUUCUACUGCGCCGUGCGGGACCAACUUCCGGCAUGGCUGCUGGAGGACAUGCGCAGCAUGGAGGUGUUCCUGUGGGACGACGGUCACCCGCGCUCCUUCUCGCCCGCUGAUGCGCUCGUGUACGCGCUGGUGCACGACCACAGAGACUACGCACGCUACCUCCUCCGUACCUUCUCGGUCAAGGCAGUACACGUAUCCCAAUGCGGCGUGUGCCGAAGUAGCGGGGCGGCGCACCUGCACAUGGCGGUACGCUACAACCGGAGUGCCAUCCUGGGUUUGAUGGUGGACGCGCUGGAGGCCUCAGCGCCCGAGGGAUGGCGGCGGGAGUAUCUGAACAGCUGCGGGGGCUGCACGCACGGGGACGGAGGGAAGACAGCAGUGCAGCUGGCUGUGGAACUCUCGCGGGCAGACUGUCUGCUGCUUCUGCUGGUGCACGGAGCGCGGCCGCACGCUUUGGACGCAGCGCUGGUGCGACUGGCCAGUUCCGGUGUGACUGAGCGGCGCGAUGCCCGGCGCUGCCUGGACCUUCUGCUGCUCUUUGCGCCGGAACCGGUGGCUCUAUGUCGCCUGCGGGACGAACCGCAGCGCUGGCUAAGCCUCCUGGGAUGGGAUGCGUUUGCCUGGUUGAGCGGUCUGGCCCCACCGCCACUUCUGCUCCAGGCACUCAGGACUUUAGCCCAGUCCGUCCCGAGUCAAAUAAACCAGUUGCCCGCUUUCCUGCAGCCCCACAGUGAGCUGAGACUGGACUUUCCGUUUCUGUCGAAAGAGACUGACACAUGAUGGUGUUUGUGAUGAUGUCAACGGUCUCGUGAUCCUUGACUUCGGACCAUGACCCCAUGGACCAUACAGUACAUUUUUGUGUUUUAUUGUGUAAUAAAGUGCAGACACUCAACUGACA